GUAUCAUGGUGCGCGCAUAGCAACGAGAACGCGCGCUUUGACGUCCCGCCCCAGAACUGGCCGGAGACUUUUUUUUUUAUUCCGGGUGGUGGAGAAGUUUUUGUGUGGUGGUUUGUACCUCCCUCGUGUCCGGGUCACACUCAGAUUUGCUGCACGGAGUUUAUUCCACAGUUCCUGGACUGCCGGUUACAGAGCCAGUUGUGCGUCCCCUGACAGGAGACAUGGAGUUCCCCGUGCCCCGGGGGGAGGUGAAGACUGUGGUUCUCCAUGACAGAUCUUUGGUUGAAGAGGAAGAUCCUCAUUUGAAAGUCUCUCUUGGGAACAACGAUAUGGGUGUGUCUGCACACCUUCAGUCUUCAAAGACCGGAACCACUAGAUUUUUCACCAGCAAUACUCACAGUUCAGUUGUGUUACAGGGCUUCGACCAGUUACGGUUGGAAGGCUUGCUUUGUGAUGUGACGCUCGUACCAGGGGAUUCAGAUGAAAUGUUUCCAGUUCAUAGAGCUAUGAUGGCAUCCUCAAGCGAUUACUUCAAAGCCAUGUUUACAGGUGGAAUGAAGGAACAAGACUUAAUGUGCAUUAAAUUACACGGCGUGAACAAAAUUGGAUUAAAGAAAAUUAUUGAUUUCAUUUAUACUGCAAAACUUUCCCUUAAUAUGGAUAACCUUCAAGACACAUUAGAAGCCGCAAGCUUUCUACAGAUAUUGCCAGUCUUGGACUUCUGCAAAGUAUUUCUUAUAUCUGGGGUAACAUUAGAAAACUGUGUUGAGAUUGGACGAAUUGCAAACACAUAUAAUCUUACAGAAGUAGAUAAAUAUGUAAAUAACUUUAUCUUGAAGAACUUUCCACCAUUAUUAACCACAGGAGAAUUUGUGAAGCUCCCGUUUGAUCGUCUUGCCUUUGUGCUUUCUAGUAAUAGCCUUAAGCAAUGUACUGAACUUGAACUCUUCAAGGCUGCUUGUCGUUGGCUGAGAUAUGAAGAUUCUCGAAUGGAAUAUGCUUCAAAAAUAAUGAAGAACAUAAGAUUCCCACUAAUGACACCACAAGACCUUAUAAACCACGUUCAGACUGUGGAUUUCAUGAGAACUGACAACACCUGUGUAAAUUUACUCUUAGAAGCUAGCAAUUACCAAAUGAUGCCAUACAUGCAGCCAGUUAUGCAGUCUGAAAGAACUGCCAUACGAUCUGAUAACACGCACUUGGUCACUUUAGGGGGAGUUUUAAGACAGCAACUGGUUGUUAGCAAAGAAUUAAGGAUGUAUGAUGAGAAGGGGCAUGAAUGGAAAUCCCUGGCUCCUAUGGAUGCACCGAGAUACCAGCAUGGCAUAGCAGUAAUUGGAAAUUUCUUAUAUGUUGUUGGAGGCCAAAGUAACUAUGAUACAAAAGGAAAAACUGCUGUUGACACGGUUUUUAGAUUUGAUCCUCGCUACAAUAAGUGGAUGCAGGUAGCAUCUCUAAAUGAAAAGCGGACAUUUUUCCACCUAAGUGCCCUCAAAGGUCAUCUGUAUGCUGUUGGUGGUCGAAACGCAGCUGGUGAACUUGCAACUGUGGAAUGUUAUAAUCCAAGAACAAAUGAAUGGAGUUAUGUCGCGAAGAUGAGUGAGCCCCAUUAUGGCCAUGCUGGUACUGUGUUUGGUGGACUGAUGUAUAUUUCAGGGGGAAUCACCCAUGACACUUUCCAGAAGGAACUUAUGUGUUUUGACCCGGAUACUGAUAAAUGGACCCAGAAAGCUCCUAUGACCACAGUUCGAGGAUUACAUUGUAUGUGCACUGUUGGAGACAAACUUUAUGUUAUUGGCGGAAAUCACUUUAGAGGAACUAGUGAUUAUGAUGAUGUUCUAAGUUGUGAAUACUACUCUCCAUCGCUAGACCAGUGGAUUCCAAUUGCUGCAAUGUUACGUGGACAAAGUGAUGUUGGAGUGGCAGUGUUUGAAAAUAAAAUUUACGUGGUUGGUGGAUAUUCUUGGAACAACCGAUGCAUGGUUGAAAUAGUACAGAAAUAUGACCCUGAGAAGGAUGAAUGGCAUAAAGUUUUUGACCUCCCAGAAUCCCUUGGAGGCAUUCGAGCUUGUACUCUUACAGUUUUUCCACCUGAGGACAACAGUGAUUCUCCAUCUAGGGAAUCUCCUCUUUCAGCUCCUUGAAGAUACAUAGUUGCCUAAAGAUGUUGUCUUAGAGCUGUUUUAUUAUUAAUUUGUAAUCUCCCUACAGUUCUACAAUAAGAAGAUUGGCCAGCAAGGGAUGGGCAAAGUUACUCUAAUAAAGACUAUGUUGAACAAUUUAAUUUGGCUUAGGUUAUUUAUAUAAAAAAAUGAAAUGGUGAAAUGUAUUUAAAGAUGGCCAAAUAUUAAGCAAAAACUAGUCUUCUAAAGAUUGCAGUUAGGUACGUAUUUAAUUCUGGUGUUUGAGAUUCCUUGGUUUAUAAACUUCAUUUAAGAAGAAGGCACAUUGUGGCUGUUUUACAGCUGUGUAAAACAUAUUAUUUUUCCUGACUGCUAAUGAGGAAAUAUACUUUUCAAUUUCAAAUUGGGGGGGGGGAUGGUCGUAUAUCAUUAAAAUGUCUGCUGACAUCUAUUUAAGCACUUCAUUAAAUGUGUCCUUUUUUAAAAUCUCAAGGUUUUUCCUGUCAGAUUAUGCAAAUCUGCUAUUUGAAAUGUGGAUCCUUUUUGACAUUUCUCAAUAAACUGUUUCUGAAGCAAUUGCAUCUCACACUUUGUUUUACAUAUUCUAUUUAUUGUUUCAGUUUAUAUUUAAUAAAGCCAUUCUUUUAAUGCUGUGUGUUUAGGUGCAAAAACUACUGUAAAAAAAUAUAUAUUCAGUUUUAUGAAAUGCCUGAAUCCCAAUAAUUCUGCUGGAUAAGGGCUAGACAUGACUGGAACAAAUCUGACCAAAUAGCUUCCAGUGAAAAUAUUUACCACACUUCCUUCUUACAUGUCGAAAUAACUUAAAUAUAAUUUUGUAAAUAUACAGUUUCAGUUAUUUAGCACAAAAUGCAGCUGGAACAGGAACAACUGCUAUUACUGAGUGAGCUGACACCAUGUUUUAUUUUCCUUUGUUCAAUAAAACUUUUAAAUUCAA